UUAUGCUACGACAAAAACCUAAAUAUCCGACAGCCCGUGAAGGCAGCCUGCGAGAGUUGAGUCUUUGAAGCUGAUCAGUGAUCAGACUCCGACAGGUGGUGGAGGCGCACCGCUGCGACGUGAACGCCUCACCGUUGGAGAACAUUUUUUUUUAUUUUUUCAUUUUAGUUCAGCCACAGUUAACGCUUCUACUUUUUCUUUUUUUUCUUUUUUAUAGUCGGUGUUACCUUUACCGUCUCGGACAGCCAGGUAGGCUCUCGGUUUAACGGGACACAGCGCGAACUUCUCACCGAAUUUUUCCAGUAAAAAAAAAACAAAAAACCGAGCAGAGGCGCACGUGCUGCAGAUGCUGGCGCGUCGUCCGCGAGCACAGGAAGAAGUGCGCUGACGGAUGUCUCACAAUGACCCACGCCGUGAACGCGGCCAGCCACGGGUUCGUGUGUCAUCCCUCCGCCGACUCCUAACUCGACGUUUUUAGCCGCGCGUGAGACCGAACCGCUCCGUUUGGAUUAUCGCCGCAACCGUGAAUUGAAUUGAAUCAGCCGCGCGUGGAUGAGCGUUUGAACAUGGGCACUCAGGGCACGGGACGGAAAAGGUCCACCAAGAAGGAGAGGUCGACGGCAGAGGACGAUGCCCUGAAUCUCAUAGCCAGAGAGGCCGAGGCCAGGCUGGCAGCAAAGAGGGCAGCCAGAGCAGAGGCCAGAGAAAUCCGGAUGAAGGAGCUGGAGCGACAGCAGAAAGAGAUCUUUCAGGUGCAGAAGAAAUACUACGGCCUGAACACCAAAAUAGACGACCGAUCGGACAGCAAAUGGGGAGAUAUUGAACAAUGGAUGGAGGACAGUGAGAGAUACUCACGUUCUUCACGGAUACAAACGCUCUCAGACGAAGAUGAGCGGAUGUCGGUGGGAAGCCGGGGCAGCGUCAGGGUGGAGGACAGAGAUUAUCUCGAGAAGGGAUCUCGAGCAGCUUCUGCCUUAACAGCAGGAACACUCACCUCCUUAGGCGGGUCGUCUUCCCGGAGAGGAAGCGGAGAGACGGCUCUAACUGUUGAUGCAGAGAGCUCCAUAAGAGAAAUAAAGGAGAUUCAUGAACUGAAGGAUCAAAUUCAAGAUGUGGAAAGCAAGUACACGCAGAACCUAAAAGAAGUGAAGGACACAUUAGCAGAAGUGGAGGAGAAGUAUCGCAAGGCCAUGGUGUCCAACGCUCAGCUGGACAAUGAGAAGAACAAUCUAAUGUACCAGGUGGACACACUCAAAGACUCACUCAUGGAGCUGGAGGAGCUGCUGUCGGAGUCACGCCGGGAAUACGAGGAGAAAGUCAAGGAAUACGAGCGAGAGAAGUAUGCACACGGAGUGCUUCAGUUCCAGUUCAAUGAAAUGAAAGAGACGCUGAAACAAAGUGAAGAGCUGUUAAAUGACAUCCGCCAGCUGCGUUUGAAACAGGAUGGUUUUGUUAGAGAAAUAUCUGAUCUGCAGGAGACUGUGGAGUGGAAGGAUAAAAAAAUUGGGGCCUUAGAGCGACAGAAAGAAUACACAGAUGCAAUCCGAAUUGAGCGAGAUGAACUCAGAGAAGAGGUGGUGCAGCUGAAGGAUAUUCUGAAGAAACAUGGAAUAGUGUUGGGACCUGAUCUGAACAUCAACGGGGACGUUGUUGAUGCAGAAGUUGACGGGUCCCCCGGUGCCGACCCUGCUACCCGAUCACCUCAGGAUCCACAGACCUCCCCGACAGAGGGGAACAGCAUGCUCGGUUUAUCUGCUGAGUCCGUCCCAGCUGUACCAAACACCGAACCUCAACAAGAUCCUCAGAAUGCCGAAGAGGCAGACAACAUCGAGGCAGAGGAAACACCAAGUAAGUCUGCCUCUGGGAAAAAGAAGAAAAAGAAGAAGAAAGGCAAAAAGAAAGGAGGCGCUCAGGAUAACAAGAACCAACAGAAAGACGGAACAGAGAAGGAAAACAAAGCGGAGAAAGAUAAAUACUACGGCCUGAACACCAAAAUAGACGACCGAUCGGACAGCAAAUGGGGAGAUAUUGAACAAUGGAUGGAGGACAGUGAGAGAUACUCACGUUCUUCACGGAUACAAACGCUCUCAGACGAAGAUGAGCGGAUGUCGGUGGGAAGCCGGGGCAGCGUCAGGUCGGAUCUCGAUGCAGUCGGGGCUUAUGGAGGAGGGGGCUCCUCCUUACACAAGAAGUCAAAGAAAAAGAAGAAGCAUAAGCACAAAGACAGAGAUAGAAACGGCUAUGAUGACGAUUACAGCGUCAUGUCCAGCAGGAGCUCAAGACUCAGCGAUGAAAGCAGAGUGUCUCGUUCCUCCAGGCUAGACCUGACGAGCUCCAUGCUGGGCGAUGACAGCCGAGUGUCUCGAGCAUCCAGAUUAGACCUGCAGCCGGCCUCUUAUGCCUCUUCCGACAUGUACAGCCUCAGUUCUUCCAGGAAUCCAGGUUCAACUUUCAAUGGUUAUCAGAGCUCCUUGUAUGAAGACAGCCUCUGCAGCGGGUCACGGCGAGUCCUCGGCUCCAGCUCCCAUCCUUUAGAACACACUAGUUAUCGCAGCUCCGGCUCCAGAGCCUCCAGCAGGGCCAGUUCAGCCCGCGCUAGCCCAGUGGACAACUGCAGCUCUGUUGCCAGUUUCUUGAGAAGCGCGGCCAGCGGCAGUGGCCUCCCCAGGGACCUGGACGACGUUACUAUUCCUGACUUUUCUGAUGUGGAGGACAGAGAUUAUCUCGAGAAGGGAUCUCGAGCAGCUUCUGCCUUAACAGCAGGAACACUCACCUCCUUAGGCGGGUCGUCUUCCCGGAGAGGAAGCGGAGAGACGGCUCUAACUGUUGAUGCAGAGAGCUCCAUAAGAGAAAUAAAGGACACAUUAGCAGAAGUGGAGGAGAAGUAUCGCAAGGCCAUGGUGUCCAACGCUCAGCUGGACAAUGAGAAGAACAAUCUAAUGUACCAGGUGGACACACUCAAAGACUCACUCAUGGAGCUGGAGGAGCUGCUGUCGGAGUCACGCCGGGAAUACGAGGAGAAAGUCAAGGAAUACGAGCGAGAGAAGUAUGCACACGGAGUGCUUCAGUUCCAGUUCAAUGAAAUGAAAGAGACGCUGAAACAAAGUGAAGAGCUGUUAAAUGACAUCCGCCAGCUGCGUUUGAAACAGGAUGGUUUUGUUAGAGAAAUAUCUGAUCUGCAGGAGACUGUGGAGUGGAAGGAUAAAAAAAUUGGGGCCUUAGAGCGACAGAAAGAAUACACAGAUGCAAUCCGAAUUGAGCGAGAUGAACUCAGAGAAGAGGUGGUGCAGCUGAAGGAUAUUCUGAAGAAACAUGGAAUAGUGUUGGGACCUGAUCUGAACAUCAACGGGGACGUUGUUGAUGCAGAAGUUGACGGGUCCCCCGGUGCCGACCCUGCUACCCGAUCACCUCAGGAUCCACAGACCUCCCCGACAGAGGGGAACAGCAUGCUCGGCAACACAGAGGAGACUGAGUUGAGAAGUAGCAGAGAGGAAGAGGUGGAUCCAGAGCAGCAACAAGAAAUGCUUCAGGAAGUCAAAGAGAAUCACUUGAACUCUGAACUUGACUCUCUGAACUCUGAACUCUGUAAUGCUGCCGAUGUGUCCACAAAGGAUGCAACUAGUGAAAAACAGCCAUCGGAAGAACAACAGGCAUGCUUACCCACAGAGGAGGACUUCACUGUUGACAGUAAUGACAAUCCAACCACAGAAGCCAAAGAUAUAAUCGUUUGCAGCCCUGAACUUCAUCAUGUUCAACCUGUAACAAGUCCUGAGGAAAAUGUUCCAGAAACAGAAAUACCUGAGGGGGGGAAUUUAAAAGAGACCACUUACUCAGAUUUAGAGCAGACAGAAACCAAAAAUAGUAGUGUUGACACACACAGUGAUGAUGUUAGGGAUACCGACCUCUUUACAAACCAAGACAACAAGCAGGAAGGUGUAGAUGAAAGUAAUUUAACGAAUACAGAACCUUGUCCUCAGCAAAACGUUGCACAAGAUGUUUUGAAAGAAGGUUUAUCUGCUGAGUCCGUCCCAGCUGUACCAAACACCGAACCUCAACAAGGUCCUCAGAAUGCCGAAGAGGCAGACAACAUCGAGGCAGAGGAAACACCAAGUAAGUCUGCCUCUGGGAAAAAGAAGAAAAAGAAGAAGAAAGGCAAAAAGAAAGGAGGCGCUCAGGAUAACAAGAACCAACAGAAAGACGGAACAGAGAAGGAAAACAAAGCGGAGAAAGAUGUAGAAUCAGCUGCAAGAAGUAAUGGAGCUACAGCAGAGCCUAAAUCUGCUGGUCCUGUCACUGAAUCAAAGGUGGAUCAAGUCGAGAAUGAACAAGACAAGCGAGAAACUGAGGAAGUAGACGCAGUGGAACCAGCUGAACCAACCCAAACCUUUUCUAACACGGAAGGUCUUCAAGAACCAAGAACGGAUGAUUUGUCAAAUGAGCACGACGAAAAACAAACUUCGGAAACCAAGACAUUAGAAGAUGUCGAAGUAGUAAAUCCCAGUGAUCAUGUUGCAGAUGGACAGAACGAGGAACAAACUUCGGAAACUAAGACCCUGGAAGAUGUCGAAGUAGUAAAUCCCAGUGUAGUGACAAUGGAUCAUGUUGCAGAUGGACAGAACGAGGAACAAACAGAAACGGUAGAAUCAGUUGAGGCAGUGGAACCAACUGCUGAAACUCUCAAGGAAUCCACAACAGAUUCCAAAAAGGAUGAAGACGAUGGUAAACAAACAUCAGAAAUGGAGAAAGAAGAAGAAGAAGAAAGGGGUUCUAUACCCAGUUGUGAUACUGAAACCAACCUUUGUAAAUCUGACUUAAACUCUAACAAUACAGAGAGCACCGAUGGCCUUGAUACAAAGACAAUCUCAAGUGUCGAUAACUUUGAAAGCAAAGUCCUCCAAACCAAGUCAGAAACUGUUGAAGAAGUUGAGUCUGUUGAUGAGAUGAAAUCUGAGUGCACAGCUGAUACGCCUGAAAAUGGCGUUGAAACAAGCAGUAAAGAAAACACUGAAGCCGAAUCAAGCAAUGAUGAUGUUGCUGCUAAUGAAUCAGAAUCCAUAAACAAUCCUGAUAGUAAAGAUGACGCGUCCGUCUCACUGCCAUCCACUGAGGACUUCAAUGAGGAUUUAAAGAGCUCGUCUGAAUCAGAUCCACCUGCAGCCAUCGAACUGGGCAGCGAUGACCCUCCCAGGAAGGAUUCUGAUCAAGCUCCUGAAGAGGCAGCUGAGGCAGUCGCAGAUGAUGGCGAGGCAGGAGCAGAGACUGAACAAGAAGGCUUUCAUCAAGACAGAACAGGAAGUGAGGAGCUGAAUGGUGACUUGAAGGAACCUGGAGAUUCAGUUGAACCAGACAUCUCGUCGCACGAUGAAAAAAGCGACGGUAACAAAACGUCGUCAUUAACAAGUACCACAGAGGUGUUGGAUUCUGGAGAGAGCGUCGAGGCUGCAGUGCAGGACGAACAGUUGAAUGAUGCGGAAAGCAAAAUAUCAGAGUACAUAGAUGAGGCUAAAGAAUCAAAAACUAAAGACAAAACAGAGGAGACCGAUGCUAAUGCCAAGUUAGAUACACCACAGUCUCAGAGUGGUUCUGGCAUCGAGCAGGAGACAGGCGUUCCACAAGACUCAGAACAUAAAGACACUCAACAUGUUAAGGAGAGUGAGUCAUCUCUUUGUUCUUUGGAUGAGCAGCCGAAUGACAGCCAAGACAAACAUGAGAACAGUGAUUCAUCUCGACCCACCCAACUGCUCAGCGACGAAGACGACGGCGAAGACGAGGAAGGGAUGUCUUUUGAUUUUGAUGAGAUGGACAUGGAAGCAGCUGUAGAAUCAGAACUUUCCAAAAACUCAGAACAGGAAGAGGUCGAGUUGGGAGUUGAAGUCGUGUCGGAUGAAACCGUCGGUGGUAGUUUGGAGCUGUGUCAAAGUAAUACUCAGUCAAAUGAAAAUACACAAGUCAAGCCAGCUGAAAGCAAUGAUGACAAGUGUACAGUUGAUGGGGAUAAACAGGUCGAUGCACUAGAUGAAAACUCAAAUCCGUCUUUGGUUAAUGUAGAAGCCGCACGUGAAGAGGUGGAAAAUGUUUGUGAAGAGCGGGAAGACAAACCGAAAGAAGAAGCGGGUGUAGCAGAUGAUCCAGGGCUCGUAGCAGAGGAAGGGGAGGUGUCGAGUGUUGGAGGGCUGGCUGUGGUUGCAGAGAACAUCAAACAAACUGUGUUCUCACUAGUAGAGGAAGGAUUAGAUGCUGUCAGGCAUGAGCUGCACGGUGAAGAUGUGGAUUUACCAAAGGGUCCAGUUCAAGAGGUCAGCAACCAAGAGGCACCACAGCCAGGAAAGGAUGGGAAGAAGAGUAGCAAGAAAGGCAAAGGCAAGGGCAAGGAGGACUGUAAGAUACACCCCCCCACCCCCUUCACACUCCAUCACUCCCCCAUGGAUGCCUGCUCUGUUGCAUGCAUCAUCCUCAGCCCCCUUCCUCCCAUCUCCUUGGCUCCUCCCACCCCUGAGAUUCGCCUGAGGAAGCUGGUGGAUGAGCGUGAAAAAAUGAUAGAGCAGGUAAAGAAACUAAAAGCCCAGCUGGAGCAGAAGACGCAGAAGAACGGCACGGACGCCUCCAGUCCAGACGGUGAAAUAGUUGAAAACGGCAAUGAUCCCAACAUCAUGGAGAUACAGAGAGACUCCAACAGACAAAUAAGCGACCUGAAGUUCAAACUGGUGAAGGCCGAACAGGAAGUGACCGCUUUAGAGCAAAAUGUGACCAGACUUGAGGGUCAGGUGACGCGCUACAAGUCUGCGUCGGAGAACUCGGAGAAGGUGGAGGACGAGCUGAAGGCGGAGAAACGGAAACUACAGAGAGAGCUGCGUUCGGCGCUGGACAAAAUCGACGAGCUCGAGUCCAACAACAGCCAUCUAUCUAAAAGACUGGAGAAGAUGAAGUCGAGCCGGGGCAUGGCACAGACUCCGUAGGAAGCCAAACGCCGCACAUCCGCUCCACCUUCUCUGCAUCCACAACUGGCUGAUCACCGGGAAGAGAAUUGUCCUGCUUUCUGAGGGUUCUCUUCCAUCUGCCUACAAGCAACCUUAAGAAAAAGAACAAAAAAAAUUAAAUAAAAAUCUAACUUAGUUAUCAACAGAAUAGAGAACACCAACAAGCAACGUGCCAUUUCUUUGUCUGUUUUCUGUCUGAUGAGCAGUCUUCGUAGCGACGUGCGCACGCGCCCAGAGCGUACGUGAAGCGGACGUUUGCCUCGGCCGUGACUUGGGUCGCACCUCGGCGCUGCUCUGCUGCAGGGGGGACGAGGCCACGUGGAGGGCACCAAAGCUUUUCUAUAGCCAGAGACAAAAUGUUGCACUGUUUCUUGUCCUCCUGCUGCCUCUCCUCGAGACGUUUCCUCGCCUCGCUCACGUGGAGGAAAUUCAAGACGGAUGUGGUGAAGACUGUUACCUUCAGAAGCCAAACUAUUUUUAAUAUUGGCCCUGUUCGGGUGUUUUUUCCCCCCCCCCAGAUACAUGGCUUGCUCAGCACCCCCGACACAAACUAAACAUCAGAGUGAAAAGCUCUUUAAGUAGCCAACAGUUUACUGAACAGGUUUGACCUACUGUGUGUAACCACCUCCUACUAGGACACAGUCAACUCUCAGAGCUUCUUUCUGCUUUAUAUAGUCCAUCACUGGUCGGCUCUCUUCCCACCCCACCCCCACCCGCCCUCGUAAAUGCUGAGACUUACUGAAGAAAUGUGACAACAGGGACUCAAAGCGGUGUUAGCAGGAGAUACUGAACACACUGGGGAGAUGCUGCUUCACUGUUUACAAAGCUUUAAAAUGUUUGUAAGGAAACAUAAAGAACUGUAUUCUUUGUGCAAUAAAAUUUCAAACUGUA